AUGUCAAUGAUAGUAACCGUAAAGGAUGAUUUGAUAAAGAAAAAAAAGUCACGCAGUAAGAGUUCUGAUGAAAGUGGAUUUUCUUCUGAAGAAUUGCAAUAUACAAAGAAAAAAAAAUUACGUGCCAUCUGUGAAGAAGAUUUAUCAAAGGAAGAAAGAACAAGAUCUGAAGUAAUUUCUACUUUAUGUGAAAUGUAUAAAUGUAAUAUACAUGCAACACCAUGUUUUAUUCAAGAUAAUCGGCAUUUACAACUCAAUCCUGCUAGAUUGCAGCUUUGGGCACGAGAAAUAAUAAAUGAAGCAGCUACCUAUGAAGUGCCCCCAUCUUAUCCAACAUUUGAUGCAAAAUCAAGUGUAUCUGUCAAUAAAAAUAAUUUGACAGCACAAACACAAGUAAGUCAGGCAUUACCUGCUACUGCUACUCCUAUUAUAAUCCAAUUACCAUCACAAUUUUAUCCAAAUUCUCAAGAACAGUUGACAUCGUAUAGUUCUAAUAAUACAAAUGUUCUAUUAGCAUCACCAAAUACAUUACCUUCAAUUGGUGAAUUUUUCAGUAAAGAAAUUGCUGUAAAUGUAAUCAAAGAUUUAUCUGAUGAUCAAUUGCAAAAAUUAGAAGUAGUGAAAAUUGGAUGGCAGAAAAAUGUCAAACGAGCAGCUCAACGAUUUUGAAAUAUAUUAGAAUAUUUGAUAAUAUAAAUAGUAAUAAAAUUA